UUUCUCCCUCCUUGGAAACCCCCAGCACUCUCUCCUGGAGGCCCCUACCGACCUACCAGCCAGAGAGAGAGAGAUAGAUAGAGAGAGAGUCGCAUUGCCUUCUCUUGUUCUUCACUCUGAAGCGGAAGCAAAUUGUUGGUGCAGUGUGCUGAAGGUCUCUCCUGUGCCCUGUCUUUAUCUCUUCGACGGGGAGGAUGUGGAGGAGUGCCAUGGUUAGCCUGCCCUUCCUCCUGUGCGCCCUUUUCUUUCCUCGAUUUGGCGCUGCCCAACAAGGAAAUAGGGUGAGGGCAAGGGGUGUGGCUUCUCUUGCUAUAAAGGAAAAUAUCACUUGACACGGCCAUAUAACAAGAAGGACAUCACGUUAUAAGAUUUUUCUAGUGAAGAUGCUGCUACCUUGUUGAAGAAAGCAUCAGAAAAUAUUAAGAUCGGGCACUAUACCAAUGCAUUGGAAGAACUCAAUGCUGCGAUAGUAUCUGAUCCAACUUUAUCAGAGGCGUAUAUGCAUCGUGCCUUUGCUUAUCGACAAUUAUGCAGAUAUGAAGAGUCAGAGAGAGAUUAUAAUAAAUAUCUAACUGAAAAAUCUGGAAGUGCCACUGUGGAGAAGGAGCUGUCCCAGUUGGUACAGACCAAAAAUGCUUUUGAUAAAGCCUGGAGUCUUUUUGAAGCAGGGGAUUUCUCAAAAUCGCUGGAAUACCUUGAUAAAGUUGUCCUUGUUUUUUCACAUGAAUGCUCCAAGGCUAAACUUCUUAAAGUGAGAUUACUCAUAGCUCUUAAAGAUUACUCAUCUGCAAUUGCUGAAAGUGGAUACAUACUGAAAGCAGACGAAAAUAAUUUGGAGGCUUUACUACUCCGUGGACAAGCCUACUAUUACCUAGCUGAUCACGAUGUUGCUCUAAGGCACUACCAAAAAGGUCUGCGGCUUGAUCCAGAGCACAAUGAGCUGAAAAAGGCAUAUUUUCGCUUGAAAAAUCUGCUAAAGAAGACAAAGAGUGCUGAAGAUAAUGUGGAGAAGGGUAAGUUUCGGGUGGCAGUGGAAGAAUUUAAAGCAGCUCUUGCAUUGGAUUCCGAUCAUGCUGCACAUAAUGUGCACCUUCAACUUGGUUUGUGUAAGGUUUUAGUGAAGCUUGGAAGGGGCAAGGAUGCUUUAGCUAGUUGCAAUGCAGCGCUUGAAAUAGACGAGGAGCUUAUUGAAGCUUUAGUGCAGAGAGGUGAAGCCAAACUUUUGACGGAGGAUUGGGAGGGUGCAGUUGAUGACUUGAAAAUAGCAGCUCAGAAAUCGCCACAGGAUAUGACUAUCAGGGAGGCACUGAUGAGAGCUGAAAAAUCAUUGAAGUUGAGUAAACGGAAGGAUUGGUAUAAGAUUCUUGGAAUUCCCAAAACUGCCUCUGUUGCAGAGAUCAAACGGGCAUAUAAAAAACUUGCUUUACAGUGGCAUCCUGACAAAAAUGUGGAUAACAGAGAGGAAGCAGAGGCCAAGUUUCGUGAAAUAGCGGAGGCUUAUGAGGUGCUUGGGGAUGAAGAAAAGCGUGUGAGGUAUGACAGAGGUGAGGACUUGGAGAGCACGGGUAUGGGUGGAGGGGGCUUUAAUCCUUUUGCUGGUGGUGGACAACAAUUUACGUUCCAUUUUGAUGGUGGCUUUCCUGGUGGAGGUUUUCCUGGUGGAUUCCAAUUCAAUUUCUGAGAUAGUUAAAAUAGGUUCCCUUGGAUUUUGAUAAAAGGAAGCUGACUAUAUUAGAUGGAAGAACUCGUAGAUAUUGGAUUGGAAAACGUGCAUCCAACUGCUAACAAUCAAGUCAUAGCUCGUAAGUUUUCACAAGCAUGGAGGGAGGUGUACAUGCAACACGUAGGUGAGGCUAGAGAGUGCGGGAGCUUCUCAAGACCAGCAGAUUGCAGUUCUUGCUGUCUUUUCCUUCUACUUGAGUCUCCUUUUUCUACCAUUUUCCAUCAAAAGAUGUAAGGGUGGGCGGGGGGCUUCCAAUAGAUAGUGCCAAAUUACAAUCGAACGAUUAUUUGGCAUCGCUUCUGUAUAACAGAACCUGCAUUUUGUUUAUUCAUUGGAUCUCAUGAGUUUUCGAAGGCAAACUCAUGCACGUGUUGAUUUGCCGUCUGUGUUUCUUUAAUUAAGAAUAUCCGAUAA